AUGGCCGUUGCAGCCUUGAGAUAUACCUCCGCAAGUACGACAAUCCUCCGUUCACGGCUCGAAAAUAAUCAAAACACCCUCUCUUCGACAGACUACUGGCACAUCAUUACACUUUGGGGCUCAGAGAUCAUCUGUCGUAAUUUUGAUGCAGCAAUUAUCCACGGCGGAAAACUAGCUCAGCUCAUGGUCUAUCAGGCGGAGCAGAAAUGUCUAGAUCUAACAUACUUGAGAUACGUUAUCUACAACGACGUCCAGUUGUGCACAAUGCUUAUGGAGCGAUCUUUUUUCGAUUAUGCGAGAUGGGUUCCAGAACAAUUUGAACUACUCAGAGCCUCGGCAGAAAACCUGAUGGAAUCAGAAGGUGAUGGUGCAACUUCCCUUCUUGAUCUCUCGAUUGAGGGCGAUUUCCUGAUUAAUACUUUCAGAGAGCGUCGAGCGCACCAUAAGGAGUUCCUUUGGUGGCAAGACCGGUCUUUCGAGGGCAUGAAUCCCUUUCUCCAUGGCUGGCUCGGGAUUUGUCAACAUAUCUGCCACGGUAAUUUGAUCAGGCACGCCUUGGAUUGUAUGGACGAAGUUCCGGUAUCUUCUGGGGAAAGCGUAGGCUUCCUUCUCGCUCAAGCAUACCUCUCUCUGGCAGCGUUGUAUGUUUCUCGCUCGGUUGGAGGGCAAUUGAUCAUCGGCAACACCGAUAUCUAUGACUGCCGGCGAAUCAUUCUCGACAAACUCUAUACAGCUCUAUACCUUGCUGUCUCGCACGAGAGUAAAGCAGACUAUGUGAAGUACGGAAACGCACGACUAUGGGCUGCCUAUGUAGGUGCUCAAGCGACCCAUACCAUGCCGGACAUGGCCAAGCACUAUCAAUUCUUCGCGUAUGAAUUUGCGCGAGCCAGGCAGUCAUGUCGAAUAUCCACUUGGAACCACCUUUCUCGUGUCCUUGAUGGCUUUCUCAAUACCUUUUUACUCUGGCUCGGCUUUGACGUUAAUGUACGACGUAGGGCGGCAUGGAGUUGGACAGCCAUCCAAGCAGCCACUGAGAACGGGUUUAUCACGAUCUUCGAGCUCCUUUUGACUUACGGAACAGACAUCAAUGAACAGUCAGCAGUGGAGCGGGGGGGAACGGCUCUGCAAACAGGCGCUGAGCAGGGCCAUAUCGAUACUGUCGAGCUUUUAUUGAAUCGAGGGGUCAAUGUCAACGCAAGCCCGGCCAAACAGUAA